UUUCGUUUACCGGCAGCGUUAGCUUCCGCGUUAGCCCGUGGCCGGCGCAGAAAUGAGCAAACGGAAACAGUCGCACGUUUUCCAGCCGUUUGAAAACAGAAAGCGAACCCUCAUGAGCAGCGAGGACUCCGCCGAGAGCACCGAGUCUGCUCACCUCAGCGCCGCCGGUGCUAGCAUCAAGACAGAAGCUAGCAGCCGGCUACAUGCCCACGAUCCACCCGCUGUGCAGAGCGACGAGCCCCGGGAGGAACUCGCUGGUGCGGCUGCCCCCAUCGGCGACUGUCCUCCAAGCCCAGGAGACUCGGACGCGUCGUGGCAGCAGCAAAUACCCACGGUAGGUGCCACCUCGGCCUCUCAAGACGACGACAUCGGCGGCGUUAAGGCCGACGAACUCAAAAGGGCGCCCGACUCGGUCAAGCUGAAAGCGCUGCAGUCUAGAUUCCAGCCUCCCAGAGGAUGGAGAGCCCCGUCCAAGGAAAUCUGCGGGAAGCGACGCAAAAUCCCGGAGGACUUUUUUGACGAGAGCCUUUACCCCACUCUGCGUUACAGCCAAAGCGUCGACGGGGUUUUUUGCGUCGCUUGCAUGGUUUUCUCCUCGGGAGACACGGUUCUGAGAACCAAGGCGCUUAGCGACUGGAGUAACGCCAGGAAGAUCGUGUCGAGGCACUUGGCAACGCCAGCUCACGGCACCGCGCAGCUGCGCACGGCGGAAUUCCUUAACGCGGCCCUGGGGAAGAGCCGGUCGGCGUAUUCCCGCUCGGAUCGCUCGUACCAACAAGCGGCAGAGCGCGACACGUACGGACUCAAAGCGGUCGUCGAUCUAAUCGCCGUGUGCGCACGGCAGGGCAUACCCAUGCGGGGCCGCACGGAGGAGCGCGGCGGUAAUUUCCAAGCGCUUCUGACGUAUCGCGCCGAGGGAGACGAGCUGCUGAAGCGGUAUGUGGAGAAUGCGCCAGCCAACGCGGAGUACCGCAGUCGUCGGACGCAGGACGAGCUGAUCGAGCUGUGCGGGAAACAGAUCCGAGGCGCAAUUCUGCGCAGAUGCAGGGACGCCAAGUGGUUUUCCCUGCUGGCCGACGAGACGGGCAACGCCGAGCAAGUGGCCCUCGUGGUUCGGUACGUGCACUCUUCCGGCGGCAGCUACUCGGUGCGGGAGGACUUCCUGGGCUUUCUUUCCACAGCCGACGCCACGGGCGACACCUUGACCCACCUUUUGCUGAACCGAUUGUCGGAACUGGGUUUGGAUCCCGCCCAUUUGGUUGGCCAGGGGUACGACGGGGCGGGGGACGCCGGCGGAAAGGUGCGAGGCGCUCAAGCGCGCAUCCGGGUUCGGUACCCCGCCGCAGUUUACGUGCACUGCAGACACCACGCGUUAAACCUGGCAGUGGCGCGUUCGACCAGGAUCCCCGUCGUCCGCAACGCCCUGAACACCGCUCGGGAAGUGGCCAGCUUCAUCGCAGCCUCCCCGGCGCGCUUGUUGAGCAACAGCAGCGACAAGGAACGCCUCCGAAAGUUCUCCGAUACCCAGCACGACAUGGGCCUGUCUGCCCUCGUCGAAAGCUACGCUGACGUACUGGCGACCCUGGUCGAGCUGAAGACCGACGGAGACGCCGAGUGCAGCUGCGCGGCGUCCUCGCUCGCCGGAGCCAUGGAGUCGUUCGAGUUCAUCGUGUGUCUAGUCGUGGCCCGGGAGCUGCUUCGCUACCUGACGCCGCUGAGCGGUGGCUUGCGCAACCCGGACUGCGAACUGCCGGUAGCCGCCCAGAUGGCCCGGGAUGUAGUGGCGGUGCUCGGCGAGCGGAAACGAGACGACUCUACGUACAGGGGCAUGUGGGAGACGGCGUGCUGCCUGGCGGCGAGCGUCGGGGUCUCCCCGGCGGUGCCCCGCGUCGCCCAAAGCCGAGGGCCCAGCACCCCUGCCGCCAGCCCGGAAGAGUACUGGAGGAGCAACGUGUUCUUGCCCUUCGUCGACCACGUGGCCACGGAGGUGCGGGACAGGGUCUGCCUCGCACUGCCGCGCCUGAAGGCCCAGUACCUCCUACCCGACAAGCUGCCGCUGCUGACGGACGGUUUGUGGCGGGACAUAAAGGAGGAGUACGGGGAUCUGAUGCCCGGCGUGGACGCCGCGGACGUGGAGCUGGAACUGUGGAGGCAGCGCAACGGGCGUGCGCCCGCCGUUGGUGACGUCUGCCAGGUGUUGGGGUUGACCGCGGACUUCUACCCGAACAUUCACGCCGUCGUGAAGGUCCUGCUGACGAUGCCGGUGUGCGGCGCCGGCGCCGAGCGCUGCUUCAGCUGCCUGCCUCGGCUGAGGGCGUAUCUGAGCGACACGGCGCCCGGCGAACGGCUGAGCGGGCUGGCGCUGAUGAGCGUCCAUCAUGACGUCGGAGUCGACGCGGAGGCCGUUCUGCUCGCGCGCUCGCGGGCUGAGUAGAGUGCGCGUGUGCCCCCGCGCGCGCGCGUGGGGACCCGGACGUGAGGGGUGGUCUACAAGCGGCGGCCGGUUCUGGUCCGCACUGUGAAGUACUUCCGUGUGGUGUACAUGUGGUAUAUUCUACUACAUGUACAUGUGGUAUAUUCUACUACAUGUGCAUGUGGUAUAUUCUACUACAUGUGCAUGUG